AUGAAGUCCUUCACAUCCACGCUCUCCCUCCUCGCCCUCUUCCUCUCCUCCUCCCUCGCCGUCCCUACCCCGGACACAAACGCCGCAGCCGCAACCUCCGUCUCCGUCUCCUACGACCAGAGGUACGAUGUCGCGGGCAACUCCAUGAGCACCACCUCCUGCUCCGAUGGCCUCUACGGCCUCGCAAGCAAGUGGCCCACCUUCGGCGCCGUCCCCAGCUUCGCGCUCAUCGGCGGCGCGCCCACUAUCCCCGGCUGGAACAGCCCCAACUGCGGGAAAUGCUACAAGCUGCACUUCGCCGCUGGCAAUGUCGACCAGACCAUCUACGUGACCGCGAUUGACGCCGCGCCCGGUGGCUUCAACAUCGGCUUGAAUGCCAUGAACCAGUUGACGGGUGGAUUGGCGGGGCAGCUCGGACGUGUCACGGCGACGUACGAGGAGGCGGACAAGUCGUUCUGCAAACAGUGA